AUGCUUUUCGAGAUUAAUAUAAUUCUUGAAUUAUUGAUUUGUAUCUCGUCAAUUCCAUUCAAUUUCCUAUUUUUCUACAUUAUUUUCACAUCAAAAGAAGUUGAUUUGAAAUGGCGAAUCACUUUAUUUCUAUUAUUUAUUUCAUCAAUUUUAAUGAGUUUUACACAUUUGGCGAGAACUUUGAUUUGUGUUUGGAUUUCUGGUUUCGAAAUGCAUCCGAUUUAUGCGAAUUUUGGAAGUGAGUUUGACACGUGGAAUUUUUGAUAGCGUGGAUUUAAAAGGGAAAAUUUGUGAAAACCAGAAAAGUCCACGUGGAUCAUUUGUUCAACAAUUUUCCUUUGGAAAUUAACUGCUUUAAAUUUAUUUUUUUCCGGGGAAAAACUUUCUAAAACCAAUUUUCUGAUAAAAAAUUUUUCACUUGGGAUUUUUUUUUCAAAAAUUAAUUGGGGUUUUAAUCAAUGACGUGGCAUUUUAGCUCAUUUCUCCGCCACGUGGCUUUCGUGAAACCCAGAAAAAUCCACGUGGAUCAUCUGCUCCACAAUUUCGUUUUGUAAAUUCACUGCUUCAAUAAUUUAAUUAUGAAAAAUCCACGUGGAAUUAUUUCUUUUCAGGAACUUGUUCUCAAAAAUUCAAUGUUUCAUUUUUUUCUAAAUCCACGUCAUCAAAAAUUCCACGUGGUUUUUUUUAUAAUUUAAUUUUUUGAAGCUCGAUUUCAGAAAAGCCACGUGGCAGAAAAAUGAGCUAAAAUGCCACGUCAUUCGAAAAAAAUAUUCUCAAAAGUGACCGAAAAUCAAUUGAACCUCGGAAAAAUUGCCACGUCAUCAGGAAAUUUUAAAAUUCUAGAAAAAACUUCUAGAACCAUCAUCUGAGCCACUAAAAACCUGCCACGUGGCAAUUAAAAAUUCCACGUCACCAGUCAAAUUACAUUUCCAGAUUACUACAGUCUCUACAUCGUCUACUUUCACGAAAUCGGUUUCUGUCUUCAAAGUUUUUCACUUCUCGCAUUUAGCCUCGUCAUUUUGAUGACUAUUUUUAAUCAAAAAUCGAAAUUUUUCGAAAAUCUUGGAUUUUUCAUCUUUAUUUUGAUUUCACUGGGAUUAUCAAUAUUUUUACCGUAUUUUUUGUAUAUAGGUUGGUCUUUUUUUUUUAACAAAAAAAAAAAAAUUUUGAAUUUUCUAGUCCGCGAGAGAAUUCUAACUCUGCUAUUCUUCACAACCCUGGACAUUUCAACAUUGCUCAUCCUAAUCUUCGCCUCAAAAAAGUCCAAAACCCACUACAAAUCCAAAAUGGGCAGUGUAAACCUGGAGCAACGUUAUCAAUUGUCGCAGGUGCUCAAUUGGACAAAAUCAAUGAUUCCGAGUGUGAUUUUUGCGAAAUGGACGCGAUUUGUGUCGAUUUCUAGUAUCAUUUAUGUGGAGAGCAAAAAUGGCGGGGAAUUUGAGAGGACUUUGAUCUACUCGAUUUACAAUUCGUUUUUGGAUGUUUUUAUGAUACUUUUGGCGGUGGGAAUAUUUUUGAGGCAUCGGAAAUUUCGAAAAAUUUCGAAGGAUUUGAAAACUAUUGAUGGACACGUUAUCAAACAAAAUCCAAGUCAACAAGAUUAUAUUUCUUAUCUCAAAAAUCAAUGGAACUAA